AUGGGUUCAAUUGGUUCUGGUUUUGAAGUUGCAGAUACUCAAUUGCGUAAAAGAAACCAUCCUGAUGAUAAUUCAUUAGACGUUUCGAAAAUUGAUAACGAUGAAAUUGAUUUUAAAAAAAGUUUGCAAUCUAACAAGAAAUCUAUUUGGUUCACUUUAGAACAAGUGAUUGGACCUCUAUUACUGACUGUAUUGUCGUUUGCUGUAAGGUUCUAUGAAAUUGACAGAAACAAUACAGUUGUUUGGGAUGAGGCUCAUUUUGGAAAAUUUGGUUCUUAUUAUAUCAAUCAUGAAUUUUAUCAUGAUGUCCAUCCACCUUUGGGGAAAAUGUUGAUUGCAUUAAGUGAAUGGAUUGCCGGGUUUGAUGGGGAUUUUGAUUUCGAAUCAAACACAAAGUAUCCUGAUAAUGUCAAUUUUAAGAUGAUGAGACAAUUCAAUGCAAGUUUCGGCGCCCUAUGUACACCUGUAGCCUACUAUACAGCCAAGUGGAUGGGUUUCAAUAUUUAUACCGUUUACUUGGUUUCUUUAAUGGUGGCUUUAGAAUUGUCUUACAUCGUCUUAGCUAAAUUCAUUUUGCUAGAUUCAAUGCUUUUGUUCUUUACCAUGACUACUUUUGCCUGUAUGGCAAAAUUAUAUACUCUAAGAAAAGUACCAUUUACAAGGAAAUGGUCCUGGUGGAUGUUGAUCACUGGGUUUUCCAUCGGUUGCGUUUGUUCUGUUAAGUGGGUAGGCCUCUUUAUUACUGUUAUUGUUGGUCUGUACACCGUCGUGGAAUUAUGGACUUUGUAUUGUAAUAUGAAACUAUCUAGAAAAUUAUACUACAAACAUUGGAUCAUAAGAAUUAUCAACCUUAUUGUAAUCCCAUUUAUGGUUUAUUUGUAUUGCUUCAAGAUCCAUUUCAUUCUAUUGUACAAAUCAGGUACAGGCGAUGCUUCUACAAAUACAUUAUUUCAAAUCAAUUUAGAAGGCACCCAAAUAUCCAAUAGCCCUCGUCAAGUAAUGUACGGUUCAGAAGUAUCCAUUCGUUCAAAUGGGUUGAGUCCAAAUUUACUACAUUCUCAUGUUCAAAAAUAUCCAGAUGGUUCCAAACAAAAUCAAAUUACAGGCUAUGGUUAUUCAGAUUCUAAUAAUGGUUGGAUAUUCAAGUUUACAAGGGAAUCUGGAAUUCAGUUCGAUUCCAAUAACCAAACUGUUAAUGAAGAUUUGAUCCCAAUAAGAGACGGUGACGAGGUGAGACUAUUACACAAGAAUACUGGUAAAAACUUACAUUCCCAUGAGGUUCCUUCCCAUGUAUCUCGUGGAAACUGGGAAGUCUCAGGUUAUGGUAGUGACCAUCGUGGUGACCAAAAGGAUAAUUGGGUUAUUGAAAUUGUUGACCAACUAAAGUCAAGCAAUCCUGAUUUCCACGAUGAAGAUAAUGAUUCUGUUCAUCCUGUUUCUACAUUUUUUAGAUUGAAACAUAAAGUUCUUGGGUGUUACCUAACUUCAACUGGAUUUUCGUACCCAGCAUGGGGUUUCAAACAAUCUGAAGUUGUCUGUAAGUACUCUUGGAGUACAAGAGACAAAUCAACAUGGUGGAAUGUUGAAGAUCAUACAAAUGAUAUGCUUGAGGUAGAAGAUGAUUAUAUCCCACCAAAAUCCAAAUUUUGGACAGAUUUUAUUCUGAUAAAUUUUGCAAUGGCAGCUUCAAACAAUGCUUUAGUACCUGAUGGCGAUAAAUAUGAUAACCUGGCAUCUGAUGCUUGGGAAUGGCCAACUUUACAUGUAGGUUUGCGUAUGUGCAACUGGGCAUUUAAUACCUACAGAUAUUACUUGAUGGGAUCGCCUUUCAAUACUUGGUUAUCAUCCCUAUCAUUGAUAGUCAUGUUAUUGAUUCUGGCCAAACUCUCAUAUCAAUGGAGAAGACAACAAAUAAAUAUAACGGAAGAUCAACUUUGGUCAUUUGCCAUUCAAGCAGUAUUCCCAUUCAUUGCUUGGUUGACCCAUUUCUUACCUUUCGUAAUAAUGGGUAGAGUUACUUAUGUUCAUCAUUAUUUACCUGCAUUGUACUUUGCCAUUCUUGUUUUUGCAUUCACUGUCGAUUACACACUUAACAAGGUUCACCCAAUUACCAGACACCUUGGUUACCUGGUAUUGUUUGCAGGUUGUAUUUAUACUUAUAUCCUGUUUGCUCCUUUAUGUCAAGGUAUGAUACGCAGAGAUAUAAGUUAUGAGAAGAUGAAAUGGUUACCGACCUGGGAUUUCCAAAUCUAA